CUUCGGAACAACCUCACAAACUAUUAAUGAACGCUCAGUAACUAUAACACCUGAAUUAUCAAAUGUGACCCUUCAACAACCAUCUAACAUGUAUUCUAUUGUUACUUCUCAAUCGCAACCCAUGGUACUUGAAACUUACCAGUCUAUUUCAACUACAAAUUCUCAACUUAUAGGUGAUUCAGAAAUACUAAAACACAGAUUAGACCUGGCAUGUCAACAUGUUUUGAAUGUCAUUAAGCGCUAA